AUCACGGUUUGCAUUCAUCGACCAGACACUGAUCUUUCGUUUUAUCAGUUGUCUACUGUCCUUCGCUCUCCCUCAUCUUCAUUGUUGUUGGGACUUCCCUUGAUCUUGAGCAUAACACUACCAGGAGACUGAUAUCUUACUCAAGAACCAUGCAACUAUCACUCGCUCUACUGGCUUUGGCCGCCUCGGCCUUCGCCUCGCCUGCGCCUGCUGCUGUCACCUCGAAUAUCUCACCAUCCACGCCUGCUCCGUCUGGAUGUGUGACUUCGUAUAGCGGAAGCUUCGAAAUCACUGUUGUUAACGUCACCAUGAGCAGCAAGCGAGAUAUCGAGAAACGUACUGUUCUCACCUUGACCCUCGCCGAUGGUAUCCUCAAGGACGAAGAUGGCCGUACUGGUUACAUUGCCGCAAACUACCAGUUCCAGUUUGACAACCCACCGCAAGCUGGCGCUAUCUACACCGACGGUUUCUCCGUCUGCUCGAACAACAGCUUGGCUCUGGGUGGUUCAGCGAUCUGGUACCAAUGCUUCAGUGGCGAUUUCUACAACCUCUACAGCGAAAACUGGGCCACAACUUGCAGUCCAAUCUACAUCUAUGCUCUGAUCUCCUCGUCAUCGACCUCGGUCGCCGCAACACAAGCCAGUGACGGCCAACCGGCAGCCACCACUCAGGCCACAGCUGUCACUCAAAUUUCCGAUGGUCAAAUCCAGGCCUCCACUGCGAUAGCCGUCAGUGAGAUCUCCGACGGUCAACCACAAGCUCCUAAGACUACCAGCGCCGCUGUCUCCCAGCUCUCCGACGGCCAGCCUCAGGAAGCUACCGCCACCAAGACUAGCAGUGCUGCUGUCUCUCAGAUCUCCGAUGGCCAGCCUCAGGAAGCUACCACUACCAGCAGCGCUGCCGUCUCCCAGAUCUCCGACGGCCAGCCCCAGGAAGCUACCACUACCAGUAGCGCUGCCGUCUCCCAGAUCUCCGACGGCCAGCCUCAGGAAGCUACCACUACCAGCGGUGCUGCCGUCUCUCAGAUCUCUGACGGCCAGCCCCAAGCAGCCACUACCACUAGCAUGGCUACUACCAGCGGUGCCGCCGUCUCUCAGAUCUCUGAUGGCCAGCCCCAAGCAGCCACCACCACUAGCAUGGCCACAUCCAGCGCAGCCGUCUCCCAAAUUUCCGACGGCCAGCCUCAAGUGGCUACCUACUCCUCCACCAGCGCUAUUCCAGCCACGUACACUGGUGCUGCCAACCGUGAAGGUCUCUCCGGUGCCCUGGCCAUGGUUGCUGGUGUCGCUGGCGCCGUUGCUCUGCUCUAAAUGAUUACACCACCACUCCUUUAAUCGGUCAAUCACGCGUGCUCUACGCCUACGCAGACACACCUGGUUCCUCACGUGCUGAGACUCUCAGCUUGCAUUUCACCGCAUGCAUAGCAUCUUGCAUAUUGGAUGGGCAAUGAAGCGAAUCGCGCAAUUCAGGAGAACACAGGGCAGUUGGGAAAAGCUCAUUGGUGUAAAUACUGUGAUCAUUUCCUUGUGCUGUUGCUUCUCUCUACCUCUUGCCAUCAGCAUCAUAGGGCUCCUGGCAAGCAACUUAAUAGCUAAUGUCACAUCUUGUCGCUAAGCCACAUAUUUUUUCUCCCUCUUCUCAUUAUUACUUCGUGACGGCGAACUAAUUUGAGGCACGUCUGCACGCAGGAGUCUGCACAGUCAAUGCAGU